GAGUUAAUAUAACAAAUAAUAAGUUCAUAGUUGUUUCUUCAAAUAUAUUGAUAUUAACAUUAAAAGCACAUAUUUUGCCAACAAAAUUUUUGUAUAGUGAAUUUGAUGUUAAUAGGGUUGAAUUGGCAAAUUGUGUUUCAAACCAAUCAGUUGAUAAAAUAUUAAAAGCUAUUUCUAAAAAACACAAGUUUGAUAAACUUUGGAGAUUAGAAAAAAAAGUAAUGAUCAAUGCAAUUGAGGACAACAAUGAAAAAGUUUAUCAUAAAUUACUUGAAUUUUUUAUAUUAAUUCAGAAUAAAACAUCACAAAGAGUUAUUAAUGAACUUAGUGACUUUGAUAAAUUAAACUGUAAUCUUAACAAUAAUGAUUAUGUGAUAGCUAUUCAAAAUCCUACUAAAAGAAGACCAAAAGGUUAUUCAAAAUCAAAAAGAAUUGCAAAUGUUCUUGAAAAGCUUAAUACCAAAAUAAGUUACAGAUGCAAA